CUAAGUGUGCGCACACGUCAUUUCCUGUGCUCAUACAGCGAAAGUUAGCAAGUAGCUGUUCUAUCAUGAGCAGGGCCUGGUGAGAGCCGCUGGAAAAACGACAUGGUGGCGGGGGAGACAGAGAAAUAGCAGUUAAUGAUAAGAAAUAACAACAACAAUAAAAACGUGCAAAAAGUAGAAAACCACAAUUUAAAGCCUGCAGAAAACCGGAAACAACUCAGUAACAACAAACAAAAACGGCUAACUAACUAGCCGUUUGUGAAUCGGCUAGGUAGUGUUAGCUAGCUGGCUAGCAGUUCACUAAGCAAGCUGGCUAGCUAACAUCAGCAAACACGCCGCCCGCAACAGCGAUCAGAAAAACAUUCAGCGGGGCAUUGGUUUUACUGCCUUUGUUUUGAUUUUUUUUACGAUAAAGUGUUUGUAUAGUCUGCUAUAUCGGGUUGGAGACAUAAACCCGACGUUGAACGGGCUUCGCCUUGGAAUGUGUGUGAGCUUCGGGAGCUCAAAGUGCUCUCCAGGUUCCCGUGUUAAACCGUCAAGGUGUCAUAAGGCAUUUUUGCUGCUGACGCCGGCCUGACCCCCUCCCCCAGGUCCCCCUCCCUACGCCCCUGUCCCAGUAUGAACGACGUGAGCAUCGUGAGAGAGGGCUGGCUCCACAAGAGAGGUGAGUACAUCAAGACCUGGCGGCCUCGGUACUUCAUUCUGAAGAGCGAUGGCUCCUUUAUCGGCUACAAAGAGAAGCCGGAGAUGUCCGACCCCAGCCUGCCCCCUCUCAACAACUUCUCCGUGGCAGAGUGCCAGCUGAUGAAGACUGAGAGGCCCCGCCCCAACACCUUCGUCAUCCGCUGCCUGCAGUGGACCACGGUCAUCGAGCGCACCUUCCACGUGGACAGCCAUGAGGAGAGGGAGGAGUGGAUACGGACGAUCCAGGCAGUCGCUAACGGCCUGAAAUCACGAGAGGAGGAGGAGCCCAUGGACAUGGACAAGUUUGGCUCUCCCAGCGACAACAGUGGCAUGGAGGAGAUGGAAGUGGCUAUGUCCAAGUCUCACUCCAAAGUGACCAUGAGCGACUUUGACUACCUGAAGCUGCUGGGGAAGGGCACCUUCGGAAAGGUUAUCCUGGUGCGGGAGAAGGCCACAGGGAUGUACUACGCCAUGAAGAUCCUUCGCAAGGAGGUCAUCAUCGCCAAGGACGAGGUGGCGCACACAGUGACAGAGAGCAGGGUCCUGCAGAACACAAGGCACCCGUUUCUAACUACACUAAAGUACGCUUUCCAGACUCACGACCGCCUGUGCUUUGUGAUGGAGUAUGCCAAUGGAGGGGAGCUGUUCUUCCACCUCUCCCGGGAGCGUGUGUUCACAGAGGACCGAGCACGCUUCUAUGGUGCUGAGAUUGUGUCGGCGCUGGAGUAUCUGCACUCGCGAGAUGUCGUUUACAGGGACCUCAAGCUGGAGAAUCUAAUGCUGGACAAAGAUGGCCACAUCAAGAUCACAGACUUUGGCUUGUGCAAGGAGGGGAUUUCCGAUGGAGCCACCAUGAAGACCUUCUGUGGCACACCUGAGUAUCUUGCACCUGAGGUUCUGGAGGAUAAUGACUACGGGCGGGCGGUGGACUGGUGGGGGUUGGGCGUGGUCAUGUACGAGAUGAUGUGCGGCCGGCUGCCCUUCUACAACCAGGACCACGAACGGCUGUUCGAGCUCAUCCUCAUGGAGGAGAUCCGCUUCCCACGAAACCUGUCGCCCGAGGCCAAGUCCUUGCUCGCCGGCCUGCUCAAGAAGGACCCCAAGCAGAGGCUUGGAGGCGGGCCAGACGACGCCAAAGAGGUGAUGAGCCACAAGUUCUUCACCCUUAUCAACUGGCAGGACGUCCUGCAGAAGAAGCUGAUCCCGCUCUUCAAGCCCCAGGUGACAUCCGAGACAGACACGCGCUACUUUGACGAUGAAUUCACAGCACAGACCAUCACUGUCACGCCGCCUGACAAGUAUGACAGCCUGGACUGCGAAGACCCGGAUCAGCGCACACACUUUCCCCAGUUCUCUUACUCCGCCAGCAUACGGGAGUGACUCUCGCUCUUUCUCACCCUUUCCCUCUCUUUCACUCUCUCUCCCCCCUUCUCUCAGUAACAUAA